AAGCGAUUGACCACCGGCCUUCGCGUUCUGCGCGCGCACGCCUUCCAAACCGACCGGCCCGGCCCAGGCGAAGGCGGCUAGAGGCCGCGAGCCUACCCGCUAACCAGAGAGCCAAUCCGGCGCGUGCCGUCGGCUGCGAAAGUAGGAGGUGCUACCCUGCCAACGAACUCCUCGCCUGUUGCCGGCAAGGGCAGGCGGAAAUGAACGCUUUUGUUUGGUGGCGCUUGUUGUACGGAGGCGUCAGGAAGUACUGCUCCUGAUCUUAAAUUUUCGAGUAGGGCAGGGGCGAGAACAAUCUAAGUCCUUUGUCGAAGCUGGCUUCUCGGUCAACAGGCCUGUUAUUUAUUUUAUUUUAAUGUCAUGCGGAAUGGAGCAGGGCCUUGAACGUGAGUCGGACAUUUUGGAUGAGGGCACCGCCGGGCGUGAGAAAGAGGACGCUGCCCUAAACGCAUGCGCAAAAACUUCACCUGUCAAGGGAGAGCGCUAAAAAGACCGAGCAGUUUUUCUUUGCCGGAAGAGAGCGUUGGUAUCGGGAGAAAUUGGUUUCCUUCCUUUGAGUCAGCCUUGAGAUAUGAUGGCAGAGAAGUGGACCAAUGGACAUUCUUCUUCAAUACUAAGUUUAAAUGUGAGCAAAGAUGGUCUGUUGGCUUCAGGAGCAGAAGGAGGGGAGCUCACAAUUUGGAAUACUGAAGGAAAUCCAUUAGAAUGUGUACAACUUCAAAAAGCAGAUGAUGUCACUAGUGUUGUAUUCUCUCCCACUUGUUCUAGAAGGCUCUAUGCUUCUCAUGGGGAGAUUAUUAGCACGCUGGAUACCAGAUAUCUCAAGGAGCCAGUUGACUGUUUCCAUGUAAAUGAGGAAGAGAUCAAUUGUCUUUCAGUUAAUGAAACAGACAGCUUCUUGGCUGCUGCAGAUGAUUCUGGAGCAAUAAAGAUAAUUGACUUACAAAGCAAGAAGUUGAGUCGCUGCCUGCAACGACAUUCAAAUAUUUGUGCAUCUACUGCGUUUCGACCCCAGAGACCUCAAGGCCUUCUUUCGUGUGGUCUGGAUAUGAAGAUUAUAAUGUGGAACUUGCAAAAAACUCGCCCACAGUGGAUUGUGAACUUGCAAGAAGAGGAAGCAGUUGAGCAAGGGAUUGGCCAACUCUUUAAUCCGCCAUUGGUCCAUUCAUUGUCUGUUUCUACUUGUGGCAGUGUCUUUGGCUGUGGAGCUGAAGAUGGUAAAAUCAGAAUCUUUCGGGUAACAGGUGCCAGAUUUGAACAGGAGGUGGCAUUUAAAGGUCAUUCAUUAGGAGUGUCACAGAUUUUCUUUCUGCCAGAAAUGUAUUGGUUCAUUACAGGGGGAAAUGAUGGCAGAGUAUUGUUGUGGGAUGUUAGCAAUGAAAUUGGAAAACUGAAAAGUCCAAACAAGUCAAUACACAAAAAGAAAAAUGCCACCAAGAAAGUUGACAAAAUGAACCCAGAGCACACAAAUGGAUGCUUAUCCAUUUCACCCAAACUGACCAUUGAACAUGGAGGGAAAGUGAACUGGGUUUCAUAUGUGUCAAUUAAUGGUUCUAAGAGAAUAUUGGUUGCUGAUCAAAGUAGCGAUAUAUCCAUAUAUCCUAUUUCUUGAACCUUAGAUAUAUGUGGGCAGGCAAUUAAUACUUGGUAUUUUGAAACUACUAAUUUUCUGAUGCAUUAUCCCUACUACCUCCAAUAAAUAAGCCAAUUGUGGUUCUUCUGUGUACUACUAAAAAAAUUUAUUUUGGCAGUUUAUACUUAGUUCAUUAUAUCACUGUUGGGGUAACUAACUGGUAUAAUCUUACUGGUGAGCUUGAAAGUUAUGUAUAUGUGAAUAAAGAACUGGUUUUUAAAACGAGAAAAAUGGAGACUGUCUAUUUUAACAUAUGUUCUUGUAAAUUCUACUGGCAGAAAUUGAUUUUUAAAAUACUUGUACUCUUGUACUUAGGGUUUUUAUUAUGUACUUAUAAUAAAAACUGAGAUAAUAAAUGGCUUGAAAGACCUGAAACAGUUCUCCAAACCUCAGUGUUUCGAAGGAUCAGCAGCAGAUUCAGACAAUAGUGGAUUGUUCAGUCGAGAAUGAAGCCCCUGCUGCAGUAUUCGUAGAACCUGGCCCUUUUAAGUGUUUGAUGAGUUGUUUUUAUCAGAAAAUCCAGUAUGUGGGAUCUGACAUUUGCUCUACUAUACUGAUGGCUGACAUCAGGUCUAUUCAAGAUCAUUAAUGCUCAACUUUAUAUCUCUGGCAUAAAUGAGAAAUUGUUAUUGUUUGAAGAAAAAAAUGAGAACAAAGUUUAUUUUUUUCUUAAAUAAUUUACAAAGUAGAAAACUAUAAGUUAAAAGAAUUCAAUUCGGCAACUGCCUUCUGUUGCCUUAAUGUUUUGUGUUUGGUUUCAUUUUAUAAACAUGUACUACAUUAUAUGCCAGCAAUAACAGAACAUUUUGGUUCUUUACUGAACUAGUUUUUCAUGUCUUUGAAUGUACAGAUGUCAGUUGGACUAUAACUCACAGUUUUUAGAUCUGAGCCUUAGUGGAAAGUGUUUACAUGUGUCAUCUUCUUUUGGCUCAAGGUAUAUUCUAGACAAGGUCUUUUCUCUACAUCUUGAUUUCUAAACAGUGCUCUUAAAAAUUAUACAGCAAAUAUAGGGUUUUUCUAGAAUCUGUACUGGCACUUUUUUCAGUUUAUUCCCUAUUUAGUUGACAUUCUCAAAAUCAGAAUGUUUGUGUUAGAGACUUCUGGCUUGCUACAAUGCGAUUGAUUGAUUGAUUAAACUAGUAUGCUGCCUGACUCCCAAU